AUGGACGACGACACGGACGAGCUCGAGAAACACUGGGCAGCGCGUGUCCUUCAGCAAACGUGGCGGGACUACACCGACCGGCAGUGGGCAAAGUGGCGCGCUCUUCAUACCACCGGCGCCGACGACGUCGAGCGUGCGCGCAAUCCAACAUCACGCACGAGUAACCACGACGACGACGACGACGCAUCCCUAGCUGAUGACGCGCCAAGUGGCAGCAGCAAUCCACUGCUGUCGGCGCGCAGUGCAUCGGCCGAGCUCAGUGCGGCGCACGAAGCGCUCAUUGCGCAACUCGAGGCCGACCCCGCCUACCAAUCGCUCGCAGCCACCGAGGUGGCUCUGGACGAUCAAGUCCACUAUCUUCAGCAGCAGCAAGCGGCCGUCGAGAUGCAGCAGCGGCAGUUCCGGCUCCGGCAACUCGCCAAAGAGAAGGAGGAGAAGCAUCGGCGCAAGCUCGCACGACAGCGCGCAAAGGAGCUUGCGCGGCGUCGUGCAGAAGAAGAAGAGAAGUUCCACACACUCGAGACCAUGGCGAUCAUUCGGGACGUCGACUUUUCCAAGCGCGCGCCGACCAAGAAGGCCAAGCCCAAACCCCGGCCCGCGCCCGCCAUGCCACCCCCCCUCGCGGUCGCCGAGAUCCCACCCGUAAUGAAAAUCUACCCCCGCCUGCCCAAUUUAGCGGCCGCCCCCAAAGGCACGGCGCGCAGCGCGACGGCCGACGCGAACGAGCCCCCGCCCAAAAUCGACCACAGCAAAAAGACAAUUGCGUGCUACGCCCAAGACCUCACGCCGCUUCUCAACGGCGAGAAGCCCAAACGUGUCAAGGUCGCACUGCCAAAGAAGGAAAACCUCGCAAGCCGCGCGUGUCCUCCAAGUCCAGUAAGCCAUCGCCCGGCAGUAGCAAUCAAGUCGACGAGCCAUCAUUGUCCGUGGUCGACGUUGUGCCACCCGCAAUCCGCGUCCCGAAGAAAACAGAGUAUGGCAAGUCGACCCUGA